CGUAGUGUAAAUGCGUUACCGGCGUCGGUCCGUCGGGCGGGCGCGGCAUUUUCUCAGUCAGUCUCCAUCGCCCGUGUCAACCGAUCAGCCGUCCCAUUCCAGUGCUAAAAUACAUUACUACCAUGGCCCGAACCGGAGUUACACUGAGCGUCGCCUUACUACUGGCAGUUUUCGAAAUCGGAUCCUGCCUUCGUUGCCGUCAGUGUAACAGCCAGAGCGACCCAACAUGCGCUGAUCCUUACACCAGCACGAAACCUUCAGUGGACUGCUCGACCCAGGACUCCACAAACUACAACAAUAUGUACCUUCGCAAUUUCCUACCCAGCGAGGCCAACACACACCUAGUGGGGGCGCCCAGAUUCUGCCACAAGAUUGUCACCCACACCGGCACAGUAAUCCGGGCGUGUCUCGACUCGAACCCGAUCAACGUGAACCAGACCUGCCAAUUCCUGGACUCGGCGUCUCAGAUCGACCCUUCAAAGAAGAUCCGCCAUUGCAGCGCUUGCAACAAGGACGACUGCAACGGAGCGAGCGCUGCGGUCGCUUCGCUGCCGCUAGCGGUCGUCACGCUCCUCGCAUCGUACCUCUACUACAAACAAUAAUAACCAACGAGCUUUAUUAGUAACACGAUGUCAUUGGUCACGCUUUUGCUGCUUCGCUGAACGCGCAUCACAAUACCGAUGUGCCAAAUCGGUGUAUACAGAUUGACACACAAAACUGACCUAACUUUAUUGUUGAUCUUUUUCCAGUUUUAUAUGUGUAAAACUUUAGUAGUUUCUCUUGGAGUGGAUACUGAUUAUAGUACCCUCCUUUGCAGCGCGCAAUCGGGUAAAAAACAACGGUUAGGUUGUGUUUUGGGUCAAUCAACACAAAAACUUAGAUCGCACUUGUUUGAAAUCAACAACUAGAGGCAUUUGUUGUUUGUAGUAACUUUGUAUGAGAUCAUAAUGGAUUUGGCUCAUAAAUAAUCGCUAUCAUGUAGAGAUCGUCAUUUAAACUCUUCAGAGGCCAAUGACUCAAUCGCCUUCAAUAACCGUCCAAUACCAUUGUUGUUACUUUUGCUUCGUUGAAAUUUGUUACAAUAAGUAAUUAGGGAUUUUAGAUUAAGCUAUUUAUAGUUAACAAUAUUAUUAUUAUGUUUACUUUUGUUUUGAAUCUCGAAAAGAAUCUUUACCACCCAUUGUUAUAUCUAAAAGAUCUAACAAGAUUAUUUUAUUUUAAGAAACAACAUUUACGAUAAUACCUGCUUUUGAACCACCAUUUUAUGUUUACCAAAUAAUGUUUUAUAAUAUUAUUAUUCUAAUUUUAUUUUUAGGUUAUGGAUUUACUUACUGUAUAACAAGAAUCUAUAGUUUUAUGCUUGUUUUGUUUAUAAUUUAGGACUCGAAAUGUAAGCCGUAAAGCCGAAAUAUAGCAAUAAAUAAAUAACAUAAAAAUUAAUAUGCUGGCUCUAGUAUUGUUUUCAUAGUACUCAUAAGGGCAUAACCUCAAGCGAAACAAUAUGGACGCUUAAAUGUAGUUUAAUAACAAGCGAAAAAAACUUAAAGGUACAAUGAUGUACUGUCUGACCUACAGUAUAUUACGAUAAAAGUAAGUUUGGCCACUUUUGGUUUUAGCAAAAUACCUAUGUAACGAUAAAAUAGCAUAUUGUUGAAUAAAAUAUAUAAUUGUGAACAUGACUAUAAAUUGUAUGUAUGUAAUAUAAGUCUAUAGCUAGGUAGGUAUAAUGUAUAAAACAAAUGAGUAGUUGCCUUAUAAGAAAAUACCUACCUAAAAUGUACAUGCUGUUUAAUAAAAAAAUGUCUAUAACUAACUAUAAACAAAAGUAGUACCUUAUCCUUACGAGAUGUUUAAUUCAUAUACCUAAAAGACAAAUUAAAUUACAUUAAGUUUACAAUUUUUGAUCUAAAAGCUAUUUUAUACGAAUUACAAAACA